GAACAUCAAGAGGGACCAAAGCUCACUAUUACCGCACAAAGUUGCUUGAAGAGACGAAGCAUUCGUCUUGAACAGCUCCUGCGAUCAUACCAAACAUCCCUUAGAAAUACGAUAUACUUUGACCACCCCUUGCAAGUCACUGUUAGAAGACGCGAUCAAUUUCCAAUACUCGAAACGAUCCAGAGAUAAGCAGCCAGUCUGGCAUCUACACGCGAUUUGAUGACGCGCAACCAAAUUUGACAAACCUCCAAGCCACUGGACUUCUUUAUAGCUCGAGGUCUUCAUUAUAGUACUUUAGAAGCUUGACGGCGACCGUCGAUUGAACCCCUCGCAUAAAUCUUACCUCCAACGGAGGUUCUGAAUCAUCUAUCUAGUCGAGGCAUUCCAGUUGCUACUUAUCCAGCCGGUCGCUUCGCAGAACGAACAUAAGCGCCCUUAUAAUUGGCCUGCCAGUGGUCAAGACACUAUCUCCGCACGGUUGUACAUAUCGCGAUGAGUUCUUCUAGGCCUGCUGUCCCGAAGCCGGGACCGGCAAAGUUGACCCCGGGUUCUGGCUUAGACGAAUGGCUCGAACAAGCUAAGCAAUGCCGUUAUCUACCGGAACCAGUAAUGAAGGAACUCUGCGAGAUGGUUAAGGAAGUCUUGAUGGAAGAAUCCAAUAUUCAACCGGUAGUUACUCCGGUCACUAUUUGUGGCGACAUUCAUGGCCAAUUCUACGAUCUACUGGAGCUUUUCCGCGUUAGUGGUGGUAUGCCGGGUCAACCCGUUACUGAGGCUCCUAUAACCUCAACUUCCGUAAUUACAUCAGCAGAUAUCGAACCACCCACUGAGAUUACUAACCCGAAGUUGAAGAAGAAAAUAAAGAAGCCGAAAAAUCCAACGGGAGAUGUCCCUGGACUUCCUAAUGAGGAGUCCACUAAUGCAGAAGAGGAGGAGGAAGAAGGCAAUGAAUCUCCAAGUGCUUCUCAACGCAACUCAUCAGAUGCUUCGGCAACCGUCAACAAUGCCGACACUCGCUUCGUAUUUUUGGGUGACUUUGUGGAUCGAGGGUACUUUAGUCUUGAGACGUUCACACUGCUCAUGUGUUUGAAGGCUAAAUAUCCGGAUCGUAUUGUUCUUGUCCGUGGCAACCAUGAAUCUCGACAGAUUACUCAGGUGUAUGGUUUUUACGAAGAAUGCCAGCAAAAGUACGGAAACGCGUCGGUCUGGAAGUCGUGUUGCCAAGUUUUCGAUUUCCUGGUUCUAGCCGCUAUCGUGGACGGGGAGAUUCUCUGUGUCCAUGGUGGACUAAGCCCCGAGAUCCGUACCAUCGAUCAGAUUCGCGUCGUAGCCCGGGCGCAGGAGAUUCCUCAUGAGGGAGCAUUCUGUGAUCUGGUCUGGAGUGAUCCUGAGGAAGUCGAGACUUGGGCUAUUAGCCCGAGAGGUGCAGGUUGGCUCUUUGGUGACAAGGUAGCGACAGAAUUCAACCACGUCAAUGGACUGAAGUUGAUCGCUCGGGCUCACCAACUAGUCAACGAAGGCUACAAGUACCACUUCCCACAAAACUCGGUUGUUACAGUUUGGUCAGCGCCAAACUACUGUUACCGCUGCGGGAACGUUGCCUCGAUCAUGUCCGUGGACAAGAAUCUUGACCCCAAGUUCAGCAUCUUCUCGGCCGUCCCUGAUGACCUGAGGCACGUGCCCGCAGGACGACGUGGCCCGUCUGACUACUUUUUAUAAUGCGUUACAGCUGAAUUGCAACGUUCCGCGACGAAUUUUCGAAACUCUUGAUACCACUAUCACACAGGCGUUUUAGGGAAGGAUUUUUUUCCCAUAUCGGUUUUUUGCAAUGCAUGAAGGAAUGACGGACGCAACAACGAAUAGGGUAUAGACAACUGAGGCUAGGGGCAUGUAUACGUCGCCAGUAAGAGGGAUUUUAGCGAUGACGACAUGGAACCGUAUCAUGCGGGAAUAUGGUGACGCAGAUGAUCAACCUGUAUAGUAGAAGCUUAAAAGGGCUACUUCAGGAAUAUAAGGGUCGGGGAUAGCCCGUCCACUUGGUAUUCCUGAGACAUUGUAUGAAUUUUACUUGAUGAAAAACG